CUACACAACACGUGUUUUCCCACUGUCAUAGAGUAUGAUUGCUUUCUGCGGAUUUUACUGUAAUGAUAACGUAAUUUGCACCAAACAGUGGCAAAGUAAUUAAACGCAUCGCUGUUAAUGGAAUAAAUAAUGUUAGUGUAAUUGCUGGAUAGUGAUUACCGACUUGACUGGUGAAUUUAACAAGAGAUGAACGAGCACAGUGGAGCGUAGUGCAGAAUGAGAGCAGAAAAAGGUGAAGAACAAGGAGCUGAAAUAAAUGCAAGCAUGACUCACUGAUUAUGAUGUUUGCUGAGAUGAAAAAUCUCUAGGCACAAAAGUACCACGUUUGAGAGCCUCUGAAGUAGUGCCAUCUUCUGGUUCCUGAUUUCCUGUUUCUUCAGUGGUGAUGAUCUACAGAGAACACAAGAUGCUGUUAAGAAUCUGCAAAUUGAAAAUUUCCAAAGUUUCAAGUUUCCUGAAAUCACGCUUCAGAUGGAAUCUUCAAGAAAUAAAACAUUACAGUACAUGUCCAGGUGAUCAAGUCAAAUCUGUGAGAACAGUUGUUAAUCCACAUAUAUCCAAAAUUCGUAAUAUAGGUAUCCUGGCACACAUUGAUGCUGGAAAGACUACAACUACAGAGAGAAUCCUUUACUAUUCCGGAUAUAUUAGGGCACUUGGAGAUGUGGAUGAUGGAGACACAGUCACAGACUUCAUGGUGCAAGAGAGAGAAAGAGGCAUCACUAUUCAGUCUGCUGCAGUAACCUUUGACUGGAAUGACCAUCGCAUUAAUUUGAUUGACACACCAGGUCAUGUAGAUUUCACAGUUGAAGUGGAGCGAGCAUUGAGAGUGCUGGAUGGAGCUGUAACGGUUUUUGAUUCUUCAGCAGGAGUUGAGGCACAGACAAUGACUGUGUGGAGACAGGCAGAUAAACACCAUGUGCCAAGGAUCUGCUUUCUUAACAAAAUGGACAAAAUUGGAUCAAGUUUUACCUACUCUGUUGAGAGCAUCAAGAAAAAACUGCAUGCCAAGCCCCUUGUUCUACAGGUUCCCAUUGGAACAGGUAAAAACUUUAAAGGAGUUGUUGAUCUUAUUACUAAUGAAAAAGUUAUGUGGGAAUCAAAUUCCAAUGAAGAUGAUGGAAGAAUAUUUGAAAGGAAACCUUUGACUUCAAAAGAUAACCCUGCCCUUCUAAAGGAAGCCAAAGAUGCCAGAAAUAAUUUAAUAGAACAGGUUGCUGACCUUGAUGAUGAAUUUGCCGAGAUAAUUUUGGGAGACCUGUGUGAAAAUAUUGAUGCAGUGCCAUCUUUACAGCUCCAGGCUGCAAUUCGUAGAGUCACACUGGCCCAUAAAGCUGUACCUGUUCUAUGUGGAAGUGCCUUAAAAAAUAAAGGAAUUCAGCCCUUGUUAGAUGCCAUCACCUUGUAUUUGCCUGCUCCAAAUGAGCGGAACCAGGAAUUAUUGCAGCACUAUGGGGAUGAAUUGUGUGCUCUGGCAUUUAAAGUCCUACAUGAUAAACAGCGUGGUCCAUUAGUAUUCGUCCGCAUUUAUUCAGGAACUAUGAAGCCGCAGUCUUCCAUCUACAAUAUUAACAAAAACAUCACAGAGAGAAUGAGUCGUCUGCUUCUCCCCUUUGCUGACCAGCAUGUUGAAAUUUCAUCUCUGACCAGUGGAAACAUUGCACUUACUGUGGGACUCAAGCAGACUGCCACUGGAGAUACAGUUGUUUCAGCAAAGUCAUCUGCAGCUGCUGCAGCCCGAAGAGCAGAAAAGGAUCAGGGAAAAAACCAAGACAGGGAAAGGCUGAUGCUCGCCGGAGUUGAAAUCCCACAACCCGUCUUCUUUUGUACCAUUGAGCCCCCGUCAAUGGCCAAGCAAGCAGAAUUAGACCAUGCCCUAAACUGUUUACAGAGGGAAGAUCCCAGCCUAAUUGUCAAAAUAGAUCCAGACUCUGGACAGACUGUUCUGUGUGGAAUGGGAGAGCUGCACAUUGAGAUUAUCCAUGACAGAAUUAAAAGGGAGUUUGGGAUUGAGGCUGACCUUGGGCCACUGCAAGUGGCAUACAGAGAAACCAUUAUGAACACGACUACUGCCUCAGACACACUGGACAGAACAAUUGGAGGGAAGAGACACUUGGUGAACGUGCAGCUUACGGUGUCACCCUGGCCGCAGGAGGCAUCAGUUUCUACCCCAGUGAUCAGCUAUGCAGAAAGUGUACAGGAAGCAGCACUGGCACAAGAUAUGAAGAACGCUGUGGAGAACGGAGUCCUCUCUUCCUGUCUUCAAGGUCCCCUUUUGGGCUUCCCAGUGCAAGGCGUGCAGGUCACAGUGCUCUCCGUCGCAGCAGAACCAGGAACGUCUUUGGCCAUGAUUUCUGCCUGCUCUUCCCGCUGCACACACAAGGCAUUGAAACAAGCUGGAUGUCAGAUCUUAGAGCCGCUGAUGAGUUUGGCGAUUACUGUGGAUGAGGACUAUCUGGGCCUGGUGCUGGGGGAUCUGGCGCAGAGAAGAGGCAACAUUCAAGAAGUCCAAAGCUGUCAAGACAACAAGAUGGUGUCCGCAUCUGUGCCCCUCGCUAAUAUGAUGGGCUAUUCAACUGUUCUCCGGACAUUAACCAGUGGGACAGCCACGUUCACUCUGGAGCUGUCCAGCUAUGAGGUGAUGACGUCACAGGACCAGAGUGCCCUUCUAAACAGAGUGAGGCACUGAGAAGUCCAUACCUUGCACUGGACCGGCUGCAUUUUCUUUUCUUACGCACUGCACUAGGACUUGGAGCUCAGGGGUGUGUGUUUUGUAAAUUGUGAUCUUACAUGAACUGGACUUGAUUACAAUGGCCAUUCCAGGCUGGUUCCUGCCUUGUGCCCAAUGUUGCUGUCAAAUUCCAGCUUCCCAUAGCCCUGAACUUGGGGUUUGGAAGAUAUGAAUGGAUGGUUUUCUAUGUUUACUGUAAAUGUGAUCAACAGUAGUGCUAAAAGGCACUUGAUUGUAUUAAUCUUAUUUUAUUCUACACUGUCUUUAAAAAAAGCUGUAAUUGAGUAAAUAAGAGACAUCAGAUUACUUUAUAA